AUGCCUAAUGCAUUUGUGUCACUACUAUCUGGCCAAGAUACAACCAGUUGUGGAACACAAGCCUCUCCGUGUCGAACUAUAUCUUAUGCAAUACAUCUAGUGUCAGCGGGCUCUAUCAUCUACCUCGAUGGCACAGGUACUUCAUGGCGGCGUACUUAUACGUGUCAACCACUCAGAAAAGAACAUGAAGGAAUUUAUCUUACCAAAAACAUGUCAUUCGUUAGUACUGGUUCACGUGCUCAUAUUGCGUGUUCUCAAGGAAACGUUUGGAUGGUUGAUGGAAGAGGAGGAAAAGGAGGAAUUCAAGUUAAUUUCAAAGGACUUGCGUUUAGAAAUUCAUCUUUUGAUUUCGUCGACGCUUCAGUUAACAUUAAAGACUGUACAUUCCGAGAAACAAAACUACCAGCGUUGAAUUUCUCAAUAGUUGAAUUAGAUUGGUUCGAAUUGACCCUUGACAACGUUUUGUUUCAACAAAACGUGGGAUGUAUGGUUGUCAAAAGCAACAGAACAAAAAAAGGCAAUGUUUUUAUUAACAUAAAAGACUCCGUCUUCAAAAACAAUGGUGAUAUUGAUAUAGCUACCUCUUUGUCGUCCAUUCUUUGGUUGAAUUCUUACAACGAUGAUAUCAAUAUGAAGAUGCAUAUUGUAAGUUUUACAAAAAAUUCAUUCAUUGAAAACGGAAUGAUUUUCGUAAAUAAUCAACACGGAACAACAAAUAUUUGCCUCCUUGAAAUACUACUAGAUGGAAAUGGACAUUAUUACAGAAGAAUCUCAAACAGUUUAUUUUCGAUUAAAAGUUGCAACAUGGGUGUGAGCAUAGAGUUUUGCCGUAUGCUCACAAGCAGCUGCCGCUUUUUGCAACUCGCGGGCGGAACAGUUCAACUGAGUAUCCUAAAUACCGAAGUAGAAGACUUUAUCAACCUUUCAUCUGCACAGGGAGGAGUGUUUGAUAUUGAAGCAAGCCAUAAAUGCACUAUUUCAUUUAUUAAUUCUUCAUUCCGCAAUGGCAUUUCUAGAAGUAAUUAUGGUGGAGUUGUAUCUAUUGUAGCCCCAAGGUCAACGACAAUAUCAAUUCAAAAUUCCACAGUUCAAAAUGUUUCCAAUGAAAAUAACGGUUUUGGUGGAGCGUUCUUUAUAUCGUCAUUUGCCGCCAAAGCUUCGUUACUCAUAUUGAACUCUUCAUUUCUGAACAAUCUCUCGCAUAAUGGAGGAGCGAUUGCUGUGAUAGGAAGGGCUUCUCUCACUGUCAUAAACAGCAUAUUUAUGGCGAAUAGAGCUCAGGAAGACGGAGGAUCCUUUUAUCUCCUAUUUUCUUCUGAAUCAACUGUCAAAGUUCGAACUAGCUCAUUUAUUGGAAACAGUGCUUGUGCUGCUGGCGGAGCAAUUUAUGUGCGACCUCCUAAUGACGGGUCCAUGUACAGUUUUGUUGCCGCAGACGUUAACUUUAUCAGAAAUAAAGCUGGUAUAGGUGGCGCCUUUAGUAUGCCAUUAUUCAUCGCAUCAAAUUACACAAUAAUUUUUAAAGAGGUGCGUUUCGUUGAAAACACUGCAGAAUAUUCAGGUGGUAGUGUCGCACUAAACGAGAUACUAAUAAAUCAAGCGAUUGUGUAUUUAGUUUUCAGCAACUGCGUGUUUGUAGGAAACUAUGGAAGACAUCCAACAAUUAGUCUCGUAGGACGAUAUAAUAUCGUUUGUCAAAAUUCUACAUUUUCCUCAAACUCUGGCGCACUUUCUCUCAAGCUGCAAGAAUCGAUGCUAAAGGUUUCGAACUCGAAAUUUAUAAAUAAUUCUCGCCGGGACUAUGGUGGAGGAGCAAUUCGUAUUGAAGCUGUUAAGACCAAAGCUAUCAUAACAGAUUCCAUUUUUGUGAACAAUACUGCCUUGGACGGCACAGGUGGAGCUAUUUCUGUCUUAGCGUCAACUGAUCAAAUAAACACGACAAAUUGCCAGAAUUCCCUAAAUCCACGUUCCUGGAUUUACUUAAGUAGCGUAGAGUUCCACAGAGUUCAUUUUCAGGAAAACAUUGCAAAAGACGGAAACGCUUUGUAUAUUAAAAACGGUCUUGUGAUUUUGAGAGAUUGUUUGAUCAUGGAUAAUUUUGGUUUCGCUUCGAGAAAUCAACUCGUCACUUACGGUUCCGCAAGCCUAAAAAUGUACAACUCCAAUUUUAAAGAGACAAUUGAGAAAAUUUUACUCCUUGGAAAAGAAUACGGUUAUUCAUCUUUCCUGGGAAUGUACAGCGGUGGUCCACUUACAAUCCGUAAUUCAACAGUUGAUCAAUGUAUAAAUACAAAUGAACCUCUGAUUGUCGUGUCCAAAACAGGACUACUAGAAUUUGACAGUUCUUCAAUAAUCACAUGCCCAUUAGGAUCUUCUCUGAUAAAAUCGGAUUACUCCUAUGUGAACAGUGACCUAAAUGGAUGUAACAACCCAGUUACCGUUACUGUUAUUCGCUUAUUCUGUCAGCAAUGUAACUCCAAGUUUUAUUCACUUCAAAUCGGUCAAUCCAAAGGUCUGAAUAUAGACAAAGAUUUUGUGUGCACUCCUUGUCCUUAUGGAGCAGAGUGCCUCCCCUCUAUAAAAUCCAAAGAUAAUUUCUGGGGUUACAAAUCUGGCUAUCAUCCACCAACACUUACGUUCGCUCGUUGUCCAGUUGAUUAUUGUAAAUCACCAAAACCUGAUAGUGAUAUAUAUAAUGCAUGCGUGGGAAAACGCACUGGGAUGAUGUGUGGGACAUGUUCACGUGGUUACACAGAAACAUUGCUAUCAACUCACUGCACGUUAGCCAAGGAUUGUAAACACGGCUGGUUUUGGAUUGCAUUUCUCGCUUUCGUUUGUCUUACUGCGUUUCUUUUAAUUUUCAAGCCACCCCUGAUAACAUUUUUGGUAAAACAAGUGCUUUGGUUUAAGAAGUUAUCGUGUCUUCGGUCUGCAAAUCACCAGAAUGAUAACGUCAUCCAAGCUUUGUCUUCUGAAGAAGUCAGACAUGAAAACAGACAAUAUUGGCAUUUUGUUGAAAUAAUCUUUUAUUUCUACCAGAUCUCACAACUGUUUCUGUCCCCUUCAUCCUCAGAAGAGUAUUCUGAAACCAAAGUCAUUCCAUCUUUACUUGAUUUCUUCAAUUUCCAAUUCAGUAUUUCUGAAAACACGUGCCCCUUUGAAGGAUUGAUGCCACACACAAAGAAGCUUUUUAAAAUCGUGCCCAUCCUCGCUACAAUGACUGUUAUUUACAUUAUAUAUGGUCUUCAUUAUUUCUUUUCUCGAGUACGUCGCACUCUCACUCCCUCCAUUGCUCCUUAUCUUGCAGCAAGUGUAAGAACUUUGUUUCUCAGUUACACCGUAUUGGCAACUGUGAGCAUUCAGCUCAUUCGAUGUGUUCCUAUCAAUGGUGAGGUUCGAUGGUUUUACAAUGGGAAUGUUACAUGUUAUGAAUGGUGGCAAUAUGCGGCAUUCGUGUUUAAUGCUAUCUUCGUUACCCCUUUUAUAUUUAUCCUUGCUUGGGCUGCUUUUAAACUUCAUAAGGAAGCAAUAACACUCAGGCAACUUCUUAUAGGCUUUAUUCUGCCACUUCCGAGUUUAGUUUUUUGGCUUUUGUCUAAGAGGUUUUCGUCUGGAAUAAACAACGUAGAACCGAACGAGAAAUUGAAUGUACUAAGGAAAAUGCUUUUAACACCAUUCCGAGAGCCAGGAGCUCUGUAUUGGAAAAGUAUCAUGAUUGCUCGUCGUUUUGUGCUAGUUCUUCUUUUUUGUGUUAUCACCGAGACAUCUUACAAGUUAUUCUGGAUGACACUCACGUGUCUUCUAGCUCUUUUCCAUCACCUCAAAGUCAAGCCAUUUAAACAUAAUUGGGCAAAUAAUCUUGAGUCAAUCUCGUUAUUACUUUUGGUUGUUCUGGGUUUCAUUAACCUGUACAAGUCAGUGUUAGUUGAAGCAGAGGUACUUGCACCAACUGAUUCUUUCAAAGUGAUGCAAUGGCUUGAAAUUAUUAUCCUUGGGCUUUUCCCUUCUUCAAUUUGCCUUCUCUUCUCCUUUGCAAUUAUUUCCUUAUUUGCUCGCCUUCUUCACGUGUGCUAUGGAUCAUUGUUUAGAUGUAUGUUCAGACGUGGCUCUGGUGAUCGAACUCAGCUACUCGAUGUUUGCGAAAACGUUUAUUACGAAUAA